AUGGCACAAAACGACAAAGCCACCUGCUCACUCCUGAUCAUUCAGCCGAACACCACUGUCUCAAUGACAGAAGGCCUCAAACCCCUGGUCAACAGCCUGAGCUUUGAUACAACCAUGUACACCUACUUCACCGCCCCCUCCGGCGUCCCAAGUAUCAACAACGAAGACGAUGCCGCCGUCUCCGCCAAAGCCUGUCUCCCAGCUCUCAAGGAGAAGCUAAACGACUACGACGGCUUUCUGGUGUGCUGCUACUCCCAGCACCCGCUGGUGGGUCAGCUACGCAGCGAGAUCGCCAAACUUGGAUUCCACGGAAAAGCAGUAACGGGCAUCUUCGAAGCCUCAGUAGCGACAUGUCUCCAGUCCACCGAUCUCAAGGCCAAGUUCGGAAUCGUCUCGACCGGCGCGCAAUGGACUGAGAUUCUCGGUCAUGCUGUGUCAGAGUUGUUGGGAGUGGCAGGAAGUACGAGGUAUGCGGGCACGGAGACGACAGGGCUGAAUGCUGAUGAGCUGCACUCGACGCCGAAGGCGGAAGUAGAUAGGCGAAUGAAGGAGGCUACGAAGCGAUUGGUGGGCAAGGGCGAUGUCCAGGCGAUCUGUCUGGGCUGCGCGGGAAUGGCUGGCAUGGAUGAGGUAGUGAGGGAGGGGUGUCUUGAGGCUUUGGGAGAGGAAAAAGGAAGGAGGGUCAAGAUUGUAGAUGGUGUUGUGAGUGGUGUUGUCUUCCUUGAGGGUGCGUUGAGGUCAGGAUUGUGA